GCUGGCAGCCGGUUCCGGGAUCUGUUAGCCGGGAAAGCUAGUGCUGCAGUGACCUCCAGGCUCCUGUCCCCGAGGUGCCCCGCCCUACGCGUCGGUUGCUUCCUGGAGCUGCAGGGCCUCGGCGUGGGGAAAAUGAGCCGCAUCUACCACGACAGCGCCCUCCGCAACAAGGCGGUGCAGAGCGCGCGUCUGCCGGGGACCUGGGACCCCAUCACCCACCAAGGGGGAAAUGGCGUCUUGCUGGAGGGAGAGCUCGUGGAUGUAUCUCGGCACAGCAUCUUGGAUGCCCACGGCAGGAAGGAGCGCUACUAUGUGCUGUAUAUCCAGCCCAGUUAUAUCCACCGGCGUAAGUUUGACCCCAAGGGAAAUGAAAUUGAGCCCAACUUCAGUGCCAACAGGAAGGUGAACACAGGCUUCCUCAUGUCAUCUUACAAGGUGGAAGCCAAGGGCGACACAGACCGGCUCACCCUGGAGGUGCUGAAGAGCCUGGUAAACAAGCCGGAGCUGCUGAAGUUGACAGAGAGCCUCACCCCAGACCAGACUGUGGCAUUCUGGAUGCCUGAGUCAGAGAUGGAGGUCAUGGAACUCGAACUGGGGACUGGAGUGAGGCUAAAAACUCGGGGUGAUGGCCCCUUCAUAGAUUCCUUAGCCAAAUUGGAGCUGGGGACGGUGACCAAGUGUAAUUUUGCUGGUGAUGGAAAGAUGGGAACAUCCUGGACAGACAAUAUCAUGGCUCAGAAGUCUUCAGAGAGGAACACAGCGGAGAUCCGAGAGCAAGGAGACGGGGCAGAGGAUGAGGAAUGGGAUGAUUGAUGUGCCUCCUCCCCUAUCGGCAUCUGGGAUGGUGCUGCUGAAAAGUGGCCACACCAACUUCUACCUUGGAGAGAUCAGUCUGUCAAGCUGAAUACCAUUUAACACACUCCGAUGAAAUCAAAUCCAAGACCUCAAUACUCACCAAGAGCCUCCAGGCUAUGGUUUUUGUAUCCCUCUUUGGAUGCAAGGCUAGCUUUCCUAGACAUAUUUCCAGUAUUCCUUUCCCUAGGUGGCAGACAUGUACUGGAUGAGUCCUCCAAGGUACAUAAUUGACAAAGGCUCCUUGUCUGAGUCCAGAGGGGCUCCGAGGCUAAGAGAGCUGGUUCCUUCCAUUCCUGCGGUUUUCUCCUUUCUUUGCUUUCUACCCCAUGCCAGCUUCUUCUUGCGCCUGUUCCAGUCUUCCUCGGUCUGCUCUUCCCUGGCCCACACCCAAGAUACCACUUCUUUAUUUCUGUUCAGCUCUGUGCCUCCGUGGGAUUUCCUGCCUUAGACCUCUGUCUUAGGGUUUUUACUGCUCCGAUGAAACACCAUGACCAAAAGCAACUUGGGGAAGAGAGGAUUUAUUUCACUCAGUUCUUCAUCAAAAGCAGUGAGGGCAGGAGGGCAAAGCAGGGCAGGAAUCUGGAGGCAGGAGCAGAGGCCAUGGUGUGCUGCAGACUGGCUUGCUCUGCCUGCUUUCUGCUAGAACCCGGACCACCAGCCCAGCAAUGGCACUACCUACAAUGGGCUAGGCCCUCCCCCAUCAACCACUAAGCAAAUGCCCUACAGUCUGAUCUCAUGGAGAUAUUUUCUCAGUGGAGGUUUCCUCUUUCAGAGUACUCUAGCUUCUGUCAAGUAGACAUAAAGCUAGUCACUACAGACCUAUCUGGCUGCUGUCCUAAAGAUGGCGUUCUUGGGAAGCCUACAGCCUUUCCAUCUGUGUCUGCUGGGUUCACGGGUCUUAACUCAUUCCACUGGGCCAACUUUUUUUUUUUUUUAAUUAUUAUUUUUUUUUCCAGACAGGGUUUCUCUGUGUAGCCCUGGCUGUCCUGGAACUCACUCUGUAGACCAGGUUGGCCUCAAACUCAGAAAUCCGCCUGCCUCUGCCUCCCAAGUGCUAGGAUUAAAGGCAUGUGCCACCACUGCCCGGCCUGGGCCAACUUUUUAUAUUUAAAAAAAAAUUCUUUUUAAUAAAUAGUGCUGGUACUCAAACCUAGUGCUUCAUGCUUGCUAGGUGAGUGAUCUACCGCAGUCCACACAUACAAGUCCUGGAACAUAUUUUUUGGUAUGAAUAUUUUUGUUGUUUUGUACUUGGAGAACUUCUUAUGAGUGAGUACUCCUCAGGAAAGAAUUCUUCCACACUACUGGGUUCUUGUCUGGGGUUCAUGGUCUUCUAGCUGAGCCACAAUCCUAGAAGAGAACCCCAGUCUUUGGUCAUAAACAUUGCCUCAUUGGUUAGUGUGCCCCUGCUCAGCCCUGUGUCAGGAUCUGGAAUGGAAGUCUACAUGUCCUGAGUUUGACUCUACAUAGCCAUGGCAGGUAUUAUAUGCAUCCUGCUUGAUCCUGGGAAGUAUACGCAUCCUGCUUGAUCUUGGGAAGAAGGGUGAAGGAGGACAGGGAUUCCUGAUUUGACUUCACGUGUCAGAUGCAAUGACAGAUGCUUUCUGUGAAUGGUACUGACAAUACUGAGUUCUUCCUGGUGCUAGUGCUUAUGUUAAGUACUCGGAGUACUUUGUCACAACAACCGAUAUACAUACAAUGUACAUAGGAUUAAUAUCCCCGUUUUUGAUACAUAAGACUGAAGCUUUGAGGCUCUAUGAAUAGCAUAUAUUGCCAGAGAAAGGAAUUUACAUUCAGGCGGUCAGUUUCAAAGACUACUUUUCUUUUUUCUGAGGAGGAGCUCAUACAUUACAGGUUGUCUUGAACUUGCUAUGUAGCUGAGGAUGACCUUGAACUUCUGAUCCUCCUGCCUUUACCUCCUCAGGGCUGGGACUACAAGCAUGUAUCCAAAUGCCUGGUUUAUGUGGUGCUGGAGCUCACACUCAGAGCUUUGGGUAUACUAAGCCAGCACUCUACUACCUAAGCUAUAUCCCAGUUCUAAAGUCCACACCUCGACUCCUGCCCCCACUCUUUUUUAUUUAUUUAUUUUUAUUUUUUUAUUUUUUGAGGCAAGGUUCAGUAUAUAUCCCUGGCUGACCUUGAACUGCAGAAAUCUACAUUUUUGAUCACCAGACUUCUGCUUCCACAUGCAAACCACAGGGGAGGGUCAGACAACUCUCCCAGUUCCUAAGGGGAGGAGCCAGGAUUCAAAUCCAGAGCUUAGUCUCUUCCUUUGUCCCCUGCCACGAAAGGUUUUUGGAUAUAGGGGCAAGAGGAUGUAGAAUCACUUCAUUGGUAUCCUGUAUCUGGGGUGGCUUACAGACUAGUCGUGAUGGAGCCACACUCUUGAAGGUGGUGGGGAAUGUGGUUAUCCUGAAGGGUAUCAGGUGAGAGGUCACUGUGGUUUGGUGUGCAGCAAAGACAGAGACAGAGAGUGAGAAAAGGGCCCAUGCCCAGAGAUAUCUAGAGAACAGAACCAAGUCCCAGGAAAGAGGGAGGGGUCAGAAAGAUGGUCCUACUCUGGUGUACAGAAGUGUUGGGCUGUAUAAGAUUGUUUAGCAGGAGCCUAGCCUGAGGCUAGACUGAAAUCAGACUCCUGGGGAAGGAAAAGCCAUGUGUUCUAUAGAAAAGAACAGGAUUUUAAGGACAGGCCGGAAGUUCAUGCAUAUAAUUCCGGUGCUUGGGAGGCAGAGGUAUAGAUAGGGUUGCCAUCAGUUUGAGGAUAGACUGGGUUACAGAUUGAGACCCUCACUUCAUAAGCCCAAUACCAUAAACCACGCAAGCAUACGAACACCAAAAUGUUGGUAAGAUGGCUCUGUGACUCAAAGUGCUUGCCACCAAGCCUGAGACCGAGGCCAAUUCCCAGAACUCACCUGGUGGAAGAGGGAACCAACUCCAUCAGUUGUUUGCUAGCUACAAUACUCAUGCACACAGUAGCAUGGGGGUACUCCAGUGCACAUGCACACACACACAGACACACACACACAAUACUCAUGCACAUAGUAGCAUAGGGGUACUCCAGUGCACACGCACACACACAGAGACACACACACACAAUACUCAUGCACACAGUAGCAUGGGGGUACUCCAGUGCACACGCACACACACACAGACACACACACACAGACACACACACACAGACACACAAAAGAAAAAGUAAAAAGAUUUCAGGCUUAGCACUUAGAAAAACUGAGACAAAGCCCUCUUCCCAGGACAGAAAGAUGGCUUGGCUCAAACUGCGUGGGGUCCCUGAAUAGCUGGGAAAGACCCAUAAUUUCAUCCUGUCCUAUUAAUAAUUGUUAUUAUCUUGGCUCUUUAAUAUGUCUAUAUGUAAUGUUUGGAUGUUACUUUUCACGUUAUUGUUAUGUCUUAACUGUCAAAACACAUAGUCAUAUUUUUUUUUUACAUAUUUAGACAAGGCUGACCACAAAUUCCUGGAGAUUUGCCUGCCUUGGCUUCUGCAGUGUGGAGGUCAAAGGCACUCACCACCAGUCAGCUCCUUGUAUUUUUGAUGAUUUAGAAACAAGUUUCCAGAGGCAGAUCACUGGGAAUUGGCACCUUUUGUAAAACUCUUGUUAUAUUACCAAAUUGCUUCCAAAAAGGAAGUAAUUGUUUUAGAUGGCAAUCUCAGUACCAAUAGAGAAGAGAACCAAUGCUAUUCUACUUUGACCAGAAUUGGGGAUGAAGAUUUUGAACAAAUAUUUGAUAAAGUGAAAAUUCUU